AUGAGCGCCUGCGCGUUGACGGCGCCGGCCUCGAGCGCGCGUAGUCGAGCAGCGGGCGAGGUGGGCGGCGGCGGGGGCAGCCACCGCAGCGAGGCGGGCGGCGGCCACGGGGAGAGUGGGCGGCGUCGGGGCGGCGGGGCCGGGCUCCGCGCCGAGGCGAGAGCGCGGCGGCCACGGCGGAGUGGGCAGCGGCCGGGGCCGGGCAGGACGCACUCUGCGCCGUCGCUCCGAUGCGUGUCGACCUCCGUCGCGCCGGCGGCGACCGAGACGCGCAGCCGCGUCCCGCCGCUUCUCCGCCGGUUCUCCGUCUAG